AACACACCCACACACACACACACUCUGCAUCACUGUCAGCACAGUCUAAAACUAGAUAAGUGAGAUUAGCAUAAGCAGCCAGCUUCCUUUCACACACACACACACACAAACUCAGUGGAUACUGAAUUGAUAGCUUCCAGCAGGACCUGAUCAGCAGAUCUUCUCAGUGGGGACUUUAUUUAAGGGACACCUGUGAGCGGCACAGAGGAAAACACAGGACUCUAGAGGGUGAAGAAUCUGCAGAAAAGAAAAUGGCUCAAAGUUGCUUAAAAUUCCUGAAAUAUGCUCUGAUCAUCUUCAAUUUUAUAUUCUGGCUCUGCGGGGGCAUCGUCCUGGGACUGGGUAUCUACCUCAUGAUGACCUCCAAGUACGGCUCCUUGCUGCCCAGCCAGCCCUCCUUGAGUGUGGCCAACACUCUCAUCAUCUUGGGGACCAUCGUCAUGGUGGUGUCCUUCCUUGGCUGCCUGGGGUCCCUCAAGGAGAACAAGUGCCUACUCAUUACUUUCUUCAUCCUUCUGCUUAUCCUCAUGAUGAUAGAGAUUGCAGUGUCCAUCUUUCUCCUAAUCCAUGAAGAGAGGAUUGAUGGUUUUCUAUUGAAAGAGUUUGAGGCCAGCCUGAACAAAUAUACACACAGCAACACUACACAGGACACUCAGGACUGGGAUUUCAUACAGCGUGAGUUAAAGUGUUGUGGAGUUACAGGAAAAGACGACUGGAAUGGAACCGUGCCAUUAUCCUGCUGUAUGGAGGAGUUAAACUGUGAAAAAGGGAAGACCUAUUGGAAAGAGGGUUGCUAUGAAAAACUGAAGCAGUGGUUCGAGUACAACUAUCUAAAUGUGGGAAUCGGCGUCAUUGUUAUAUCUAUUAUUCAGGUGCUGGGCAUGUCAUUUGCCAUGACUCUGUACUGUCACAUUUCCAAAUCCGCCGUCUCUUUCCACUGAGCGAUGAAGAAGAGCGUUAUCACUUCUCUCUUCUCCUCCUUUCCCCUCCCCAAGUACAGCCAGGUAGAAUGAAGAACAGCUCCCAACCACCUAUCACUUUUCAAGGACUGGCUGUCGAGCCCUCGCUGAUUGGUGGAGUUACUCAUUAAAACUGUCAUGUCCUCCAAACCCUAAAAAAGAACCAGACUCAGAUUUCACUUUGUCCCUGGCGGCACUGUCAACAAAUGGGUUUACUCCCAAUGAAAAUAUAUUUGGUCAAGUCCCCCUACUCAGGGAAAACGUAACCUCCUCUCCCUUACCUGAGAGUUCCUCAUGAUCAUUCCCCGUCUCGUUAUCAUUCCCUGGCUUGGUCGAAACCUUAACCCAAACAGACUGAUGAACACAUACAAUCACACGCAAUCAGCCGGUCAAAAGUCAUUUCAGAAGGGCAAUUAAAAUGAUUGUAAUGCAGGAAUAGGGCACCUCUGAAAUGCACGUGGUCAAACAGGCUGUUAAUCCAUAAAAAACAAGAGCCAUUCUUUUUUAAAUCAAAUGCACAAAUAAUACAGUUAAGGGCAGUUACUGUAAUCCAUUUUGUUACAGGGGAAAUUAUAUGAAGAAUCAGCAGUAACAGGUACCCUAACAGAGUUUAUCUUCUUGUUCAGUUUGCUGAGCUCUGUAAAUAUUAUAUUAAUACUUAUUUUAUUUGCAGCUGCAGUUCUAACUUACUAGGCAUACAUUCAGCAUUUUCUUCGUUAUUAUUAUUAUUAUUAUUAGCAGCGAAGUACUCUAGGAUCUGUGCAUGUUUCUUUUUAAGCAGUGUUGUUAUUAGUAUAUUUGUCUGGGAUGGUUUCUCCAGUGUGAGAUACAUGCAGAGUUAGAGACUUGCACAAACAGGUCGAAUACAGGAAGUCUCUAGAAUGUUAAACUUGUAAAUUACAUUUGCACUAAUUAAGGUCAGGUGAGUAUAGUGAAUUCAGGACAGUUUGCACACAAUAGCUGAGUGGUGCUAAGAUAGAUAAUAACAUGAUAGAAUUUGGGAAGCUGUGAAUGUGUUUUGGGAAGCUGUGAAUUUGGGAAGCUGUGAAUGUGUUCCCGGUCACGACAGUAGCGUGCUGUGUUGUGAAGCACAGUGGAACCGUACAGAGCAGGAUCCAGAUCACUGCUGGGUUUAAUCUCAAUCAGACAUUCAAAGGAAAGGCGCAAUACUGUAUAAGCAUACAAAACACACAACCCAGCUCCUCCUGAGCACUUCACAGUCUGAGCUGAGAAGAGAAAGGUUUCCACAAGCAGGUGUUCUUGUGAGGAGAAACUCUUCUCUGUCUCUGCUCGCUUGUCUAAAAUUUAAAUUGUACCUGCCUUGUGUUAUUCUAGCUCCAUUAGCUACUGGAUUGGAACAAUCUUUAUACCCUGAGUGAAUGUAAUCUACUGGUCUAUAUGCUGGUUCAUAGUGUGUUCACAUCUGAUUUCAAAUACAUCGGAAAUAUAAUACUCCUAAUCAAAAUGCAUGCAGAGGUACUAAACUUACAAUCUUAACACAAUCAGACAAACUCUUUAGGCCAGAUUCUCAAACGUCAUUAGCACAUUUUAAAACACAACCAAUAAAAAGUCACCAAA